GCGAUACUACAGUUUAUAGUCACAUGAAACAGUCAACAGUUAACAUUGUUGUGCACAUCAUCUGUACAUUUCCAUCAUCAUAUAAAGCAGAAUAAAUGUAAUUUGCACUCCGGUAAGUGAAGUGUAUCUAGUAAAAAUCAUGGACGAGGACGGACUUCCGAUUGUGGGCUCUGGAGUCGAUCUCACGAAGGUCCCUGCCAUUCAGCAGAGAAGAAUUGUUGCUUUUCUCAACCAGUUCAUCGUCCACACGGUUCGCUUCCUCAACAACUUUUCCACAGUGUGUGAAGAGAAACUUGCCAACAUAUCCCUGCGCAUCCAGCAGAUCGAGACCACGCUGUGUAUCCUGGAAGCCAAGCUGUCCUCCAUCCCCGGACUGGAGGACGUCACGGUAGACGCAGUCGAACGUCCCCAAAGCGUUCGGACCAACGGAACCGGCGCUCCUGCUCAAAGUCAGACAGACGAUCCACCGGCUGUGACGCUUCCCUCUCUGGAGCCUCCUCCCAGUCCUCCAGACGACGCGACGACGCCCAAAGCGGAAGAGGCGAAUGUCAUGACGGUGGCCAAGGAUCCGCGCUACGCCAGAUAUCUGAAGAUGGUUCAUGUGGGCGUUCCCAUCAUGGCCAUCCGGAAUAAAAUGAGCAUGGAAGGUUUGGACCCGGACUUGCUAGACAAACCGAACACCCCCGUGCCAGACGCGGGAGGAAAAACCGGCGAGGCGGACGACAUGGACGCUUCGGACAGCGAAUCGUCCUUCAGCGACUGACGUCUCGAUCGGGGGUGUGCUGGUCAUCCAUUGAAGUGGUCUGCCUGGGAGAGGGCUAGCAGCCUCAAAUGAGCCCUCGCUCUGGAUAAAGCAUUUAGUGGUUAUUCCACACUUAAAAUGUUCAAAGAGGACGUUGUAGUUCUCAGUGUUGAAAUCCCAGUUACUAACAUUUAACUCGAUAUUUUAUGCUAAAUCGGGGUCCAUGUUCAAACACAUGAUUUAUUUUAUGUAAUAACAUAAUAGCAUAAAUUGUCCAUAGGUUUGAAUGUGAUCAAAAUGGAUGGAUGGAACGUAGGGUUAAUUAUGGGAUGUUUUGAUGUGAACAAUUGUGGUGCUUUAAGACUUCUGUUUGAACUGUUGACAUGAGCAACCAUCUCUGGGGUUAAUUAUUAGUGAACGAAUAAAGGAUAAUGAUGCGAUUCCAUGUUUCAAGUUC